ACUCACAGCACGACCAGAGAACAGGCCUGUCUCAGGCAGGUCCUGCGCCUCCUAUGCGGAGAUGCUACUGCCACUGCUGCUGUCCUCGCUGCUGGGCGGGUCCCAGGCUAUGGAUGGGAGAUUCUGGAUACGAGUGCAGGAGUCGGUGAUGGUGCCGGAGGGCCUGUGCAUCUCUGUGCCCUGCUCUUUCUCCUACCCCCGACAGGACUGGACAGGGUCUACCCCAGCUUAUGGCUACUGGUUCAAAGCAGUGACUGAGACAACCAAGGGUGCUCCUGUGGCCACAAACCACCAGAGUCGAGAGGUGGAAAUGAGCACCCGGGGCCGAUUCCAGCUCACUGGGGAUCCCGCCAAGGGGAACUGCUCCUUGGUGAUCAGAGACGCGCAGAUGCAGGAUGAGUCACAGUACUUCUUUCGGGUGGAGAGAGGAAGCUAUGUGAGAUAUAAUUUCAUGAACGAUGGGUUCUUUCUAAAAGUAACAGCCCUGACUCAGAAGCCUGAUGUCUACAUCCCCGAGACCCUGGAGCCCGGGCAGCCGGUGACGGUCAUCUGUGUGUUUAACUGGGCCUUUGAGGAAUGUCCAGCCCCUUCUUUCUCCUGGACGGGGGCUGCCCUCUCCUCCCAAGGAACCAAACCAACGACCUCCCACUUCUCAGUGCUCAGCUUCACACCCAGCCCCCAGGACCACGACACCGACCUCACCUGCCAUGUGGACUUCUCCAGAAAGGGUGUGAGCGCACAGAGGACCGUCCGACUCCGUGUGGCCUAUGCCCCCAGAGACCUUGUUAUCAGCAUUUCACGUGACAACAUGCCAGCCCUGGAGCCCCAGCCCCAGGGAAAUGUCCCAUACCUGGAAGCCCAAAAAGGCCAGUUCCUGCGGCUCCUCUGUGCUGCUGACAGCCAGCCCCCUGCCACACUGAGCUGGGUCCUGCAGAACAGAGUCCUCUCCUCGUCCCAUCCCUGGGGCCCCAGAACCCUGGGGCUGGAGCUGCCCGGGGUGAAGGCUGGGGAUUCAGGGCGCUACACCUGCCGAGCGGAGAACAGGCUUGGCUCCCAGCAGCGAGCCCUGGACCUCUCUGUGCAGUAUCCUCCAGAGAACCUGAGAGUGAUGGUUUCCCAAGCAAACAGGACAGUCCUGGAAAACCUUGGGAACGGCACGUCUCUCCCAGUACUGGAGGGCCAAAGCCUGUGCCUGGUCUGUGUCACACACAGCAGCCCCCCAGCCAGGCUGAGCUGGACCCAGAGGGGACAGGUUCUGAGCCCCUCCCAGCCCUCAGACCCCGGGGUCCUGGAGCUGCCUCGGGUUCAAGUGGAGCACGAAGGAGAGUUCACCUGCCACGCUCAGCACCCACUGGGCUCCCAGCACGUCUCUCUCAGCCUCUCCGUGCACUACCCCCCGAAGCUGCUGGGCCCCUCCUGCUCCUGGGAGGCUGAGGGUCUGCACUGCAGCUGCUCCUCCCAAGCCAGCCCGGCUCCCUCUCUGCGCUGGUGGCUUGGGGAGGAGCUGCUGGAGGGGAACAGCAGCCAGGACUCCUUCGAGGUCACCCCCAGCUCAGCCGGGCCCUGGGCCAACAGCUCCCUGAGCCUCCACGGAGGGCUCAGCUCUGGCCUCAGGCUCAGCUGUGAGGCCUGGAACGUCCGUGGGGCCCAGAGUGGAUCCAUCCUGCAGCUGCCAGAUAAGAAGGGACUCAUCUCAACGGCAUUCUCCAACGGAGCGUUUCUGGGAAUCGGCAUCAUGGCUCUUCUUUUCCUCUGCCUGGCCCUGUUCAUCAUGAAGAUUCUACCGAAGAGACGGACUCAGACAGAAACCCCGAGGCCCAGGUUCUCCCGGCACAGCACGAUCCUGGAUUACAUCAAUGUGGUCCCGAAGGCCGGCCCCCUGGCUCAGAAGCGGAAUCAGAAAGCCACACCAAACAGUCCUCGGACUCCUCUUCCACCAGGUGCUCCCUCCCCAGAAUCAAAGAAGAACCAGAAAAAGCAGUAUCAGUUGCCCAGUUUCCCAGAACCCAAAUCAUCCACUCAAGCCCCAGAAUCCCAGGAGAGCCAAGAGGAGCUCCAUUAUGCCACGCUCAACUUCCCAGGCGUCAGACCCAGGCCUGAGGCCCGGAUGCCCAAGGGCACCCAGGCGGAUUAUGCAGAAGUCAAGUUCCAAUGAGGGUCUCUUAGGCUUUAGGACUGGGACUUCGGCUAGGGAGGAAGGUAGAGUAAGAGGUUGACGAUAACAGAGUGCAAAGUUUCCUUCUCUCCCUCUCUCUCUCUCUCUUUCUCUCUCUCUUUCUCUCUUUCUCUCUCUUUUUUAAAAAAACAUCUGGCCAGGGCACAGUGGCUCACGCCUGUAAUCCCAGCACUUUGGGAGGUUGAGGCGGGCAGAUCGCCUGAGGUCGGGAGUUCGAGACCAGCCUGGCCAACUUGGUGAAACCCUGUCUCUACUAAAAAUACAAAAAUUAGCUGGGCAUGGUGGCAGGCGCCUGUAAUCCUAGCUACUUGGGAAGCUGAGGCAGGAGAAUCACUUGAACCUGGGAGACGGAGGUUGCAGUGAGCCAAGAUCACACCAUUGCACGCCAGCCUGGGCAACAAAGCGAGACUCCAUCUCAAAAAAAAAAAAUCCUCCAAAUGGGUUGGGUGUCUGUAAUCCCAGCACUUUGGGAGGCUAAGGUGGGUGGAUUGCUUGAGCCCAGGAGUUCUAGACCAGCCUGGGCAACAUGGUGAAACCCCAACUCUACAAAAAAUACAAAACAUAGCUGGGCUUGGUGGUGUGUGCCUGUAGUCCCAGCUGUCAGACAUUUAAACCAGAGCAACUCCAUCUGGAAUAGGAGCUGAAUAAAAUGAGGCUGAGACCUACUGGGCUGCAUUCUCAGACAGUGGAGGCAUUCUAAGUCACAGGAUGAGACAGGAGGUCGGUACAAGAUACAGGUCAUAAAGACUUUGCUGAUAAAACAGAUUGCAGUAAAGAAGCCAACCAAAUCCCACCAAAACCAAGCUGGCCACGAGAGUGACCUCUGGUCGUCGUCACUGCUACACUCCUGACAGCACCAUGACAGUUUACAAAUGCCAUGGCAACGUCAGGAAGUUACCCGAUAUGUCCCAAAAGGGGGAGGAAUGAAUAAUCCACCCCUUGUUUAGCAAAUAAGCAAGAAAUAACCAUAAAAGUGGGCAACCAGCAGCUCUAGGAGCUGCUCUUGUCUAUGGAGUAGCCAUUCUUUUGUUCCUUUACUUUCUUAAUAAACUUGCUUUCACCUUAC